GCGAACUUCCAGCUCAACACCACGGACCUCGCCCUUUUGGACGAGUGGCAGGGCGCGGACUUGGCCGCGCAGCUCCUGGCGAGCUGGAUCCCUUGGGGGAACGAGAACGCGCGCUGCCUUCGUGCUUCGCUGGCUUGUUGCGGGGAGCCAGCAUUGACGCGCGUCGGCCCCGGGCUACGGCCGGAGGCCGCGCGCGCUGAUGCCUGUCCCUGCGGGAGCCCGCGGAGGCGCGAUAGCGGCGCUCGCUCGUUGUUCACCCACAGGCUCACCCGGGUGUGGGCCAAUGCGGACAGCGGCGCCCACCGGCUCCUGCAGGAGUACAAGAGGCGCACGGGGCGGGAGCUGGCGGAGGGCAAGGCGCUCGACGCCAGCGGCUUUGAGGGGGCCGCGGCCGCCCUCAAGGUGAGGCAGGCCUACCCGAGGUACCAGCUGCACUUCUACCAGGGGGCGCGGAAGGUCCUGAAGCUGCCGGGACAGAAGUUCAAGCAGCUGCCG